AGUGACAGCCUCCCUCUCUCUCUCACACACAGUGACAGCCUCCCUCUCUCUCUCACACACAGUGACAGCCUCCCUCUCUCUCUCACACAGUGACAGCCUCUCUCGCAGGCUGCAGGAAGCAGGGGCAGCAGAGUCCUGGUAGGAGGAAUGCAGCAACUGCCUCCCCCACAGCUCAACCCAGGCUCAGAGCAGCACACACAGCUCCUGCCUGCCUGCCCCCCACAAUCUGCCUGCACCCCAGAGCCCCGGAACCUGCCUGGAGCCCCGGAACCUGCCUGGAGCCCUGAGUCUGCCUGCCUCCAGAGCCCUGGAAUCUGCUUGAUACCAAGAGUCUGCCUGCCCUAGAGCCCUGGAAUCUGCCUGCCCCUCCACAGCCCUGGAUUCCACCUAACCCCCAGAAUCUUCCUGCCCCAGAGCCCCUGAAACUGCCUGUCCCCUACAGCCCUGGAAUCUGCCUGCCCGCUUGAGCCCCAGGACCUUGCGCCUAUGCCCCAUCUCCACCAGGACCAGGAGGAGGUGAAGGGGAGAGAGAUUCAAAGAUUGAGCAGAAAUGUCUGGGAACCAACUCUGCAACAGGAGAACCUCCCUGCCCUGCAUCCCCAGAGAGCAGUUAAUGGGACACCCAGAAUGGGAUCACAAGCGCGGCUCCAGAGGGUCACAGUCAUCAGGAACCAGUAUCACUGUAGACAUCGCUGUAAUGGGGGAAGCCCACGGCCUUAUAACGGACCUGCUGGCGGACCCCUCGCUGCCUCCUCAUGUGUGCACGUCCUUACGGGCCGUCAGUAAUCUACUCAGCACUCAACUCAACUUCCAGCCCAUUCACAAACCCCGCGUCAACCCACUGGUCUCCUUCAACGAGAACUACACGUGUUCGGACUCCGAGGAAGGGUCCGAGAAGGGAGAGAAGAUGACGAUACCAAAGCGAUUAAGAAGGAGUCUUCCUCCGGGAUUACUGCGAAGAGUUUCAUCCACGUGGACGACGACAACAUCUGCCACAGGCUUACCAACUCUAGAACCGGCCCCGGUGAGGCGAGACCGCAGCGGGAGCAUCAAACCCCUGGACACAUCGUCAUGCAGCAGCGGAAGCUCGGACACGUGGAACAGUUCUGUUUCGGGGAAUUUAACCAAAACCCGCACUUUCUCGUCUUCGUACGCUCCGAGUACAAAUCAUUUGAAUUCUAAAAGAAGGCAAGGCAUCCCGCCGAAUAUUUCGCCCCUUACAUCCCCCUGCCACUCGCCCGUGCACGGCACACCAGCCGCCAGCCCCACCAUAAAGACCCUCCCGGUUCCGUUCUCAGACCCCAGCGACAUCAGCCGGUUGGGCCUGAACCCCCACAAGACGUUAAGCAGCACCAAGAGCGCCCCUGAAAUUCCCGAGCAGUUCCCCGGGCCGCCCGUCGUCUGCAGCAGUUGCGGACGAUCGUACAGCCAGAGUAAUACAGAUGACAGGGUAACGGAGCCCAGUCAGGAGGUAACGCACCCCGAAAACAGGACAGAUGAGCCGUCACAUCCCACGUCAGACUACGACAGCACCCACGAAACCAACCACAGCGACAGCAGCGACAUCGCGCCCAACGACGACGAGGCAGGGUGCGCCGAAGAUCUGAAGACGGCGCGGAAAGACUCCACCUGCCGAACGUACAGAGCGGACUCCAUCGCCCUGCCGCCGCUCGCGCCAGCCGAGGACAAACCAAUUCUUGCUCCAGAGCCGCUAGUCAUGGAGAAUGUGGAGGGCCUCAUGGCGGACAUUAACAACUGGAACUUUCCUAUAUUUGACUUGGUGGAAAAAACAGGACAAAGAUGCGGCCGAAUCCUUAGUCAGAUGUCUUACCGGCUUUUUGAAGACAUGGGUCUUUUGGAAACAUUUAAAAUCCCUUUACGGGAAUUCAUGAAUUAUUUCCAUGCUCUGGAAAACGGCUACAGAGAUAUCCCCUAUCACAACCGAAUUCACGCCACCGACGUCCUCCACGCUGUCUGGUAUCUCAGCACGCAGUCCAUCCCCGGACUCCAGACUAUUGUCAGCGACCAGGGCUCUGCCAGCGACUCAGAUUCUGACAGCGGAAUCACUCACGGACACAUGGGAUACGUGUUCUCCAAGACAUGCAAUCCUUCCGAUGAUAGAUACGGAUGUUUGUCGGGGAACAUCCCGUCCCUGGAGCUCAUGGCACUGUACGUGGCGGCGGCGAUGCACGACUACGACCAUCCGGGAAGAACAAACGCGUUUCUUGUCGCGACAAGUGCGCCCCAGGCAGUUCUGUACAACGACCGGUCUGUGUUGGAGAAUCAUCACGCUGCUGCUGCCUGGAACCUUUUCCUUUCGAGGCCAGAAUAUAAUUUUUUGGUGAAUUUGGACCACAUGGAAUUUAAGAGGUUCCGCUUUCUGGUGAUUGAGGCAAUUCUGGCCACUGACCUAAAGAAGCACUUUGAUUUCUUGGCUGAAUUCAAUGCAAAGGUGAACGAGGAGGUGGGGCCUGGAAUCGAUUGGACCAAUGAGAACGACCGAUUGUUGGUUUGCCAAAUGUGCAUUAAGCUGGCCGACAUCAACGGGCCGGCCAAAUGCAAAGAGCUGCAUUUAAAGUGGACAGAAGGCAUCGUGAACGAGUUCUACGAACAGGGAGAUGAAGAAGCCAGCCUCGGCCUCCCCAUCAGCCCGUUCAUGGACCGCUCGGCACCCCAGCUCGCCAAACUCCAGGAGUCCUUCAUCACGCACAUUGUGGGACCCCUGUGCAACUCCUACGACUCAGCCGGACUGAUGCCGGGGAAGUGGUUAGAAGACAGCGACGAGUCGGGGGACACGGACGAACAAGAUGACGGAGACACUACUGAGGAGGAGACGUCCGAGCCGUCAGAGUCUUUAACAAAGAAGAAGAAAUGCAAGAGAAAAAUCUACUGCCAGAUAAUGCAGCAUUUAAUGGAAAACCACAAAAUGUGGAAGAAAGUCAUCGAGGACGAGCAGCGGGCAGAAGGGGCGGAAAACGAAGGCUCCGUCCCGCACCAAAGCUUAGAACAAAUCCAAGCCAUCAGGGAAGAGGAUGAGGAGAAGGCGAACUCCAAGAGAGACUCGGCCGACGACUGAAGAGCCUUCAGACCCUCGGCCUCUGCUUCACGGACCUUCUCUCCAGCCAGCACAAUUACUUAGACACAACACUGUAGAGAUACGACAACGGCGCGCCUGCGGGGCCGGCCACUGACUUUCCAGCCUCUCGGCACCGACCUGCCAGCCUUUCUAAAGACUCGCCAACAAAUGCCUAGGGGUGGCGUGACCGCGGCCGCCUCCAUGUAUCGGGCACCGUGAUGGAGCUCGUGCGAUGGGGCGCGUGCGAUGGGGCUCGUGCGAUGGGGCGCGUGCGAUGGAGUGCGUGCGAUGGGGCUCGUGCGAUGGAGCGCGUGCGAUGGGGCGAGUGCGAUGGGGCGAGUGCGAUAGGGCUCGUGGGAUGGAGUGCGUGCGAUGGGGCUCGUGCGAUGGAGCGCGUGCGAUGGAGCGCGUGCGAUGGCGCGCGUGCGGAGGCCAAGCGCAUCGGCCUUGUUAGCUGCGAGGCUCCCAUUAAAGGGUAUUUGCUCUUAAUUCCGAGGGAUAAAACUUCCAAAGCUUUAUCAGAAUUCUGGUAUUUCUUGUGUGAUAUAUUAUUGGGUCCGAGCGCUUAAUAAAAGCUGUAACACGUGACACGUUACAUGUGAACAAAACACAAUAGGGCAGACUUUCUUUCCCCGUCCGCAUCGUUCAUGCUGUGAGCCAAACUCGUAUUUAAAGGUUGCUAUUCACGUUCCGAUAUUUUAUUUCACCUUAUUAUAUUUGCUCUUUAUCUUGUUGUAAAUAAUGGAGAAAUUUUUAUGGGUUCCUGUAGAUAGAACGUUCAUUAUUAUUUUGUUUGUUUGUAAAAUUAUUUUUUUAAAUCACCGGUUUUUAUAAACUUUUAGCCGUUUCCAUGCCCAGCACGUAAAGCCUUGGCAGAGCGGGAUAUGCGUCCGAACAUGCGGAUAUUCUUCGGGAUGCCAUUCGCUGGGAGCUACUUGGGGUCGUCCCGGCCGGGGGUGAUAUUUAGAUGCUGAUGCCCCUUUGUACAUUUUAGGGUUUUUAAAGUGAAAAUGGGGAGCCUUGUGACAUCACAUAUUUGUCAAAGAAUAAAAUAAUGAGAACUAUUUGGGUAAAAUGCGCAGGUUCCAGACCUCACGGAAAAUUUUCCAGAAUGUUAGGGUUGUCUGGGGGCAAUAAAUGAUGUCAUAAAUAUA